AGUCCGGGCAGCACCGGGCUGAGCCUCCCUGCUCCAUCCGCAGCCCGGCACCGCCGCUGCCCCUGGGCGAGGGGGCAGAGAGGAGAGGUCGGCAAGGAGAGAACCUUGCCCAUGCUGCGGGGAAAUGAUGUGGGCUUGGUUUCUUCUUCCAGGCUCGUCGGAAAGAUGAAUUCCCUCCUUGCGCUGGCCGUGCUUGCUGCCUGGGGCUCAUCCCUGGCUGGUGGGAACCUCUGGGAUCUGCAGAAGAUGCUCACGAAGGUGACCGGGAGAAACGCCUUCCUCUAUUACUCCUCCUACGGCUGCUACUGCGGCAUCGGUGGCCACGGACGGCCCAAGGACGCCACGGACAGGUGCUGCCAGCUGCACGACACCUGCUACGACGGCCUCCUGCGCCACGGCUGCAACGCCAAGAAGCAGCGCUACCACUACGGCUGGCACGGCAGCAGCCCCGCCUGCAGUCAGGGCUCCUGGUGCGCCCAGCUCUCCUGCGAGUGCGACCGCAGCCUGGGGCUGUGCCUGAAGAGGAGCCUGCGGAGCUACAGCGGGCGCUACCGCCUGUACCCCCGGCACAAGUGCAGGUGACGGGGCCUGGGGACAGCAGGAGGAGGAGAUGCUUCGGGUUUGCCCUCUGCUCCGAAUGGAUUUUGGCACCUGGAGCUGCGCGCCCG